CAUGUGUGCUAAAAAUGUCAGGAAAUUUGAAAGAUGAAAAAACAAAUAUUUAUUGUCCUAUCAGAAGUUCUGUUUGAUAUGAUUUAAUGAUAAUAUGACACGACAUAGUUCUGGUAGAAAAUCGGUAGCACCACAGAGAAAUGCUGGAAACCAUUCACGAACUUCUCCAACAUUAGCAUCAAAAGUUAAUUUAGAUGGAUCAUUACGGAAAAAGAAAAGAUUUAGAGCUGGAACUAGGGCAUUAAUGGAAAUUAGACAGUACCAAAAGACAACCAAUCUUCUUAUAAGAAAACUACCUUUUUCAAGAGUGGUGAGAGAAAUUGCCAUGGCUAUCAGUCAUGAACCAUUAAGAUGGAAUGCAAUGGCAAUUUGUGCUUUGCAAGAGGCUGCUGAAGCUUUCAUAGUUCAUUUAUUUGAGGAUGCAAACAUGUGUGCCAUACAUGCCAAAAGGGUGACAAUUCAGGUCAAGGAUAUAUGGUUGGCGAGAAGAAUACGAGGAGACAUGUAUUUUUAAACCAGUGUUUAGUGUAGGGUACCAGUGGACAGACUGUGAAGUUUUAUUUAUUGCCAUGAAUGUCAUACUUAGAUGAAAAUGGAAAUGACUCUUUUUCUAGUAUCCAUCCAACAUUUUGACCAAGAAAAGAAAUCAGAUUUCUAAAAUGUGUACUACUUGUACUAAAUGAGCGAAAAUAUUAUUGUUUUUAAUCAUUGGAGCAUAUAAUUGAACAUUGACCUCAAUGAUUUGAUUUCAAUCAAGAAAAUGUUCCUGAUUCCAACAUUUUUAUACAUUUUAGUCUCAAGGGUCUGAUUUUAUUUGAGGAUGAUAUGUGAUGAAAAAUAAAAAAAAAUCUGAUUAUAUAUUUCAUUGGCAAAAAUAUACAUGUAUGAUACAGCUCACAAAGUAAUUCAGUAACUAAUCACUGUUGGCUGUGAAUUUUGACAGUAAAUACUGGUAAAUAUGUGGGAUUCACUCUCAAAUAUAUAUUCAAGAUGUAAUUUGGCAGGGUUGCAGGUGGAAGUAAGAAACUAGGUUUCAUCCUGUUUUACUGUGAUUCACCCAAAUUUUGAUUAGUGAUUUUUAAUAGAAUUGUCUUGUGUAUAUAACAAAUUGUAACUGUAAAAUAUUGUCAACCAUGAUGAUACAGUAUUGAGUGAAUCACAAGGAAACAGGAUGAUUGCUGGUUUUUGAGUUAUAAAACAUUUUAGUUUACGACCCUGUCAUACAAUUUAAUAGUAGGAUCAACUGUUGGUUUGAAAGACUAGAAAAUGUCCUGUUUAGAAUAUUCAUAAUUUCAAUAACAUGUUUGACAAGUAAAUGAAUUGUCUAAAAUCAUUAAAAAAGACAUCAAAAUUUUGUAAUUGCCAUAAGUAUUUGAUAAAUGAUGUCAUUUGUACUCUUAAGAAAUAUCUACCUAUGUUCAAAACAUGGACUAUGGGAGACAACUCUACAAUGUCAUGUUACACAUUUAAGAAUGAAAUAAUAUUAUCAAGUCAGAUUGUGUCAUUACAUCUUUAGUCUAAGUUGUUCAGUUCAAAAUAAUUUUUCAUGUUAUGUUGAUAAGACAAACUAAUAUGUAGUUGAAUGAGAACUGUAUUUUAUUUAGAUAAUCCCUUUAUUUUUAAAAAACCAACAGCAAUAAAUUUUAUUUUUAACAUUCAUUUUAGUCAAAAGCAUUCAUGAAUUUCUAUGUUCAAAUUAUAAUAUGUCAGUGUUUCCAUAAUGUUUUUUCCUUCGACUGCAUGGUCAGAAUUUAAUUUGGUCAUGUUAUUUUUGAUAAUAUGGCAACAUAAACAUACUUUUAUUCAUUUUAA